UUGAUCAGAGUCACACUACCUUUAUCGUCUCCCAGUUCAGCUCAUUCUUUUAUUGAUUUAGGCUUAUUGAUGUCGGUGGGAGACAACUCUUCCCAGUUGGGGAAGCAGAAAUGGUGGGAAAAGCUUCCCUUCACCGUCACCAAGAAGCGGGCCAUCAUCGCGGGUGUUGUGCUGGCCGCUGCUAUCGCUCUGGCGGUUGGGCUGGGGGUUGGAUUAUCGAAUAAAUCAAAAUCAGACUCUGCUACCACCACGACUGCUGCACCCACAACGGAGCCCCAACCCAAUCCCCUUCCCCCAACCAGACUCCCCACAUCGCUGGUGCCCGAACAUUAUGAUAUCACCCUUCAGCCCUACCUUAAUGGCAGCUUCACCUUCGAUGGUCAAGUGGCCAUUCAAAUUCGUGUCAAGGAGCCUACAUCGGAAAUAGUAAUGCAUAUGUCAUCAGACAUAAGCUUGGAUAACAGCACCAUGAAGUUGACCAAGGUAUCCAGUUCAUCCAAAACGACGGACGUUACCUUAAACUACAGUUACAACCCGGAAUUUCAGUUUUUAAUCGUCAACACCGAGAGGCAGCUACUUCGCGAAGAAGUUUAUGUGUUCUCCGUGAAUUUCGUCGGAAAUUUGAAUGAUCAACUUCGUGGUUUCUACCGCUCAUCAUACUUCGAUGAGAAUGGAACUGAAGUUUUCCUGGCGAUGACGCAGAUGUCACCGAACGACGCCCGCAUGGCUUUCCCGUGUUUCGACGAGCCGGCCAUGAAAGCCACUUUCAACAUCUCCAUUAUCAGGGAACGCCACUUGAAUGCCGUGGCCAACACUCCUCUUUUGUCCAGUGAGGACCUGUCGGAUCAACCUGGCUGGGUUUUGGAUAAAUUUGAAAAGACAGUUCCUAUGUCAACCUACUUGGUUGCGUUCGUGGUUUCGGACUUCACAAAAGAUUUCGUUCAAUGGAAUGUUGUGAGAAAAAUCGAUGUUGGAGAAAGGGUCAAUUUUAGCGUGAUGACACGUCCGGAGGCGAUGGCUCAGGCCGCCUACGCCAAAGAAGUGGGACCGUCUGUACUCAAGUUCUUCGAAGACUACUUCCAAAUCCAGUACCCUCUAUCCAAGCUCGAUAUGGUGGCCGUGCCAGACUUCGCUGCCGGAGCUAUGGAGAACUGGGGACUUAUUAUUUACAGAGAGACAGCGAUGUUGUACGACCCAGUACUGUCGACGCCGAGCAACAAGCAGCGUGUGGGGCAGGUGGUUGCCCACGAGUUGGCCCAUCAGUGGUUCGGGAACCUGGUCUCGCCAGCCUGGUGGUCGGAUAUCUGGCUUAACGAAGGCUUUGCUUCGUACGUCGAGUACAUCGGACUAGAUCAUCAUGAGCCUUCCUGGGGACUGCUGGACAUGUUCGUGUACGAAAACAUGCACCUCGUGAUGGACUUGGAUAGUCAGCUCACUUCUCACCCCCUCAACGUCGAGGUCAACACCACCGCUCAGAUCACGGCUCUCUUUGACCUAAUAUCGUACAAUAAAGGUGCUUGUAUGGUGCGCAUGUUGAGAAGUUCUCUUGGAAACACAACAUUCCUGCAGGGUCUCACCAAUUACCUCAACAAAAUGGCCUACAAAGCGGCGACCCAAGACGACCUGUGGGAGUCUCUGACGGAGCAGGCGGUGACCGACGGGCGCCUCCCGACGAACGUGUCUGUGAAGGAUAUCAUGGACACCUGGACCCUGCAGAUGGGUUAUCCCUACAUCAAUGUCACCAGACACGAAAACGGCAGCGCUACCGUCACGCAGGAACGUUUUCUCGCUGACGGUUCACGUGGACCUAGCGAGGGACCCGAGUACAUGUGGUGGAUUCCUCUCACCUACACCAGCAAAAGCUCCUCCAGUGGCGACAACAUCACCUGGAUGAGUAACCAAGAGUCAGUGAAGGUCCUCGAUGACGUGGCUCCUGCAGACGAAUGGGUCCUCUUCAACGUCGAGGAGUACGGGUAUUACAGAGUGAAUUACGACGCUUCAAACUGGAGAGCCUUUGCGCAGCAACUGAUAGUCGACCAUUCAGUCAUACACGUCGUCAACAGAGCUCAGCUACUCGACGACGUCUUAAAUCUUGCGAGAGCAGGAAUCGUUUCGUACCAGACAGCCCUGGAACUGUGCACAUACCUGAAAUCGGAACGAGCUUACGUGCCAUGGGCGUCUGCAAUCCGCAAUCUCAAUUACCUCGAGAGCAUGUUUACCGGCAGACCAGACUACCAGCAGCUCACGAGCUUCCUUCUUGGCCUGAUAUCUCCUCUGUACGACGAAAUGCUGUUGAUGUCGGAGAGCUCGAUGUCUCACCAAGAACAAUUAUUGUUCGCAUCAACCGUGACUCAGGCAUGCCAUUUGGGACACACAACUUGCAUCGCCAAAGCUACCAAAUAUUUCGACGAAUGGCUCAAUAGUAAUGCUUCCCAGAUAUUAACCGCAGUGCCUCCGUCCCUCAAGUCCACCGUGUACUGCGUUGGCAUCGCUGAGGGUGGCAAUGAAGAGUGGGACGUCAUGUGGGGCCGUUACUUGGAGACCAAGCUCGCCACUGAACAGGUCCUGUUUCUUCGAGCUCUCGGCUGCUCUAGAAACACUACGAUCCUCCAGAAGUACCUGGAAAUGGCAUUCACAGAAGGCAGUGGAAUCAGGAAGCAAGAUGCGACAACGGUCUUCGCUUCAGUCGCUGCCAACGAUGUCGGCAAGGCAAUUGCCUGGCGAUAUUUGAACGAAAACUGGGAAACAAUAGCAGCAACGUCUGACGCCUUCACAACUCUAAGUCGGCUUGUUGAUUACGCAACUAAAGAAUUCUCGACUCAAGAUGAAUUGGAUGAGCUACUGCAGUUCAAAUGGAACAAUAGCCAAACUCUGAGCACUGCGACACAGGCUGUAGAUCAAGCCAUUGACCGCACCACGACCAACAUAGCAUGGGUGGAGAAUAAUUAUGGUUCCAUAGCAUCGUGGCUGAACAUUUCUCUGGAGCCGCCCCUGACAAUCAGACUGCCGCUUGCGCUCUCGCCAGUCCACUACGACGUCACGCUUCAGCCAUUCAUUGGAGGAAAUUUUUCCAUCGAUGGUCAAGUGACCAUUACAAUCGAUGUCCUGAGUGCUACUUCUCGCAUUGUUCUGCACAUGGCUGACAUUGAAGUGAAAAGGAACUCCAUUCAGGUAACAGAGAACACGCAAGAUGGGGCUGUGAUCGCACACACUGUCUACGAGUACCACAAGGACUUCGAGUAUUUUAUCCUUCAUCUGGAGCGUCGUUUGGAACCCGGGCGUACGGUGGUGCUCUCCAUGCAGUAUACGGGGCUCCUGAAUGAUCAGCUGCGAGGCUUCUAUCGCUCAGAGUACAAAGACGAAGAAGGCAAUGAUGUGUACAUCGCAACGACUCAGUUCCAGCCGACAGACGCCCGAAGAGCCUUCCCAUGCUUCGACGAGCCUGCUUUGAAGGCAAACUUCUCUAUUUCCAUUAUUCAUGAAAACAAGACUGUCAUCUCCAACAUGCCACUAAGUUCAACGGCUCCUGUAGAUGACCAACCAGGGUGGGUGUUGGCUAAGUUUGAAGAAAGUGUGCCGAUGUCCACCUACCUUGUGGCCUUCGUAGUGUCUGAUUUUGAAUAUCUGAACAGCACUACAAGCACUGGAGUCGAAUUCAGAGUGUACGCGAGAAGUGAAGGAGUAGAACAGGCACAGUUCGCACUGGAUACUGGAGUGACCGUCUUGGAAUUCUUCGAAGAACAUUUCGACAUUCCCUACCCGCUGCCCAAGCAAGACAUGAUCGCCAUACCAGACUUCGCUGCCGGCGCCAUGGAGAAUUGGGGCCUUAUUACCUACAGGGAGCCGCGGUUGCUGUACGACGAGAAAGUGUCCACAGCUUCCAACCUGCAGGACAUCGGUGUGGUGGUAGCGCACGAGUUGGCCCAUCAAUGGUUUGGUAAUUUGGUCACGCCUUCUUGGUGGACGGACUUGUGGCUGAACGAAGGGUUUGCUUCUUAUAUGGAGUACAUUGGCCUCGAUCAUGCUAAACCAGAAUGGAAGAUGCUGGAUCAGUUCGUGACGAUUGACGUUCAUCAUGUCUUGGGUAUAGACGCCUUGACUUCAUCCUAUCCUAUCAGAAUUCCUGUACAACAUCCGGACGAAAUAAAAGAAAUUUUCGAUGCAAUUUUAUUCAACAAAGGGGCUUCGAUAAUUCGGAUGAUGAGCCAUUUCCUGACGGAAGAAACUUUCAACAAAGGAAUUACUAACUAUCUCAAAGACCGGUCGUACGCGGCCGCUGAACAGGAUCAACUGUGGGAGUUCCUGACGCAGCAGGCGCACAAUGACAGCACACUUGACUCUAAUGUUACAGUCAAACAAAUAAUGGACACCUGGACACUACAGAUGGGCUUUCCUGUAGUCACAGUGGAGCGAAAAAAUGGAACAAAUGCAACCGUCAGACAGGAACAUUUCCUGGUGAAUGGUAAUUCAACUUCGGGCUACACGUGGUGGGUGCCACUCACAUACUUCGGACCGUCGGGCAGCAGCAGUGCAGGAGAAAAAGUACAAUGGCUGUCAGAAGUUGAGAUGGAAAUUGCGGACUUACCCUCUGAUGAGUAUUGGAUUAUAUUCAACACAGAACAAAUCGGUUACUAUCGAGUGAAUUACGACUUGUCUAACUGGAAUCUUAUAAUCAACCAGCUGAAAGCCAACCACACCGUCAUAAGAUCAGCAAACAGAGCUCAACUUCUCGACGACUCAAUGAAUUUGGCCAAAGCAGGCAUGCUUUCUUAUGACGUGGCUCUGAAGCUUCACUCCUACUUGACUAAAGAAUUAGACUACGUACCGUGGUCGUCAGCUAUACGGAACCUGGAAUACCUCGAGUCGAUGUUCUCUCAGCUUAAUCACACGGAGAUGAAGGAAUACCUGAGGUCUCAGGUGAAGCCUGUAUACGAUAUUUUUGGGUUCACUGAUAACGCGUCAGAUGCGCACCUGAAGAAGCUAAUGCGGAGUUUGGUCGUCUCAUGGGCCUGUAAGCUCGCUAUGUCCGAAUGCUUGCAGCAAUCCAGAGACCUCUUUUCGGAAUGGCUGGCUAGCAAUGGCUCUCCGACAACCGUGUCACCAAACCUGAAAUUGACGGUGUACUGUUCGGGAAUCGCUCAAGGAGAAGACUCCGACUGGGACUUCGCAUUGAACGUGAUGAAGAAUACUUCUUUGGCAUCAGAACGCGACUUACUCCUCUCGGCACUGGGAUGUUCGAAAAAUAUCAGUACCCUCGAAGCUUACCUGGAUAUGGCCUUCACUGACGGCAGCCCGGUGAGGAAACAAGAUUCAAAGCGUGUUUUCUCUGCCGUGGCUUCUAAUGACUUGGGCCGCAACAUCGCUUUUGAUUAUCUAGACAAAAAUUUCGAACACGUAGCAGCCUACUUCAACUUACUCCUGAGUGCGAGUAGUUACGUCGAAUCUGUAACCAGAGAGUUCAAUACGCAAGCUGAGCUGGACAAGCUGAUUGCUUUCAAGGAGAAGUACCUAACAAGCCUAGGGUCUGCCUCACGUGCUGUCGACCAAGCCAUCGAGCGUGUUACAGCGAACGUCUUAUGGAUGACAAACUAUCACGAGGAAAUUCUGUCCAUCGUGACCCAGUAAACCGUUAUUGUGCAGGCAUAAUACAACCUACCACAAUCCUUUGCAUUUGCGUAUCAAGAAUUACGAUCAAUAAUAACUUACAUAAUAAAUAACUUAUAUGGAAUAAAAUAAAUUCACCCUGUCUUCACUUGGAAUGUUUAAAACGUUUAUUCUCUUUACCAGAGUCUUCAUUCGUCGCUAGUUAAAAACUUUUAUUAGAGUAUAGUCGACUGACAACAGAAAUUAUAGAGAAUGGUUCGGAAUCUGGAUUCUUUCAAUAUUUACUCUGUGAAUUUCCUUUGCGUUAGUUGAUUUGUAUUCUAGGUUGUACUAGCUGACGAUAGAACUGGACUUGUGAACGUUUCAAUGAAGACAUGGUUCAUUUCCUCUGCUUACGAAUUCUUAUAUCUAGAGUCUUCCACAAAAUCAGCUCUAUUUUAAUGUGAUCGACGAUUUUGCCGGCGCAUUUGCAGGUGAGGUCAACCCUAGGUGACCUACUUACUGUAUACCUCUCAGGCAAAUAACUUAGUAAACUAUUAGCGCAGAGGCCAUGAAUAAAUAAGAAGGAAAGAUAGAUGUAAAUGUUUUGGGAUCAGAUUACAAAUUUAAUAAAACCAGGGAAUAAAAGAGCAUGGGCCGACUUAACAUAACUUGAAGAAAUAAUGAAAUGGUAUAAAUAGUAUAAGUAAUCAAAUAAACAAAACAACAAUACAGAACACAAUAACAGAACAUUAACGCAUCAUGAACAAAUCAACAGGCCAUGGGCCUAUUUCUUCAGUGCUGACACUUCUAUUCUAUUCUAAAUCUUAAUUAAUUGAACAAGAGAAUGAAUUUAGCGUACACAUGAGCAUCAAAAAUUAGUGAAAUUUGGUUCCCUAACACACUACCCUAGUUACAAUCUGUGCGACGACUUACCGGGAGUAUUGCAGCCAGACAUGCCAAGACCGUGUGUUUACGGGUCGCCCGCCGAAGACCACCACUGCCCUGGAUGUAAUGGACCAUCAUAAUUCCUG